GGCGUCGGUAAGACUUUAACUACUAAGAGCUUAGCUAAACACCUUAAGCGGCCGCUCUAUCUAGUAAGAGCGUAUCCCGUUAAAAAUUGUUUACUCGAACUAACUUAUACGGUUAAAGGUAACGUAGUCCUCUUACUCGACGAAGCCGAUGUCUACCUAGAAAAGCGAACUACUAAAAAUGUAGCCCGUAACGCACUUAUGUCCGUAUUCUUACGCGAACUCGAAUUCUUCGGUAGCCUUCUUAUUCUUAUAACUAAUCGACUCGAUAACUUUAAUAGCGCUAUUCUAAGUAGACUG